AUGUCUUCCUCGCUCCAACCGUCGCCAACUAUCCUCCUCCCCCACCUCCCUCCCAAGACCCUGGUCGGUAUCGAUCUGAUCACCUUCACUUCAACGGCCAAUUUCCACGGUAUCCGCGACCUUCCGAAAGGAUGGCACUUCCUGUACACCGGAACCACGGAGAGUCUUUCUCUUCGGUGCGGCGCAUGGUUCUACGUGGGUGACAUCAGCACGGCAGGCCAUGGACAGAAUGACUCCGCGAUCGUGGUACGAGAUCAAAAUACCGGGCCAGAGAUCCUCAUCUGGAAAUGGAAUACGGAAACGGAAUCGCUCUCAUCGCUCCGAGAGAACCACGAUGCUGAUCGACAAGAGGCCAUGCGCUUCAAAGCGAACCUGGGUGGGAUCUGGCAGACCGGGGGACUAUUUCGAUAUCGAAGCCGGGUGUCACCAGCUAUGCUUUCCAAGCAACCAGGCUCAGCCACGGAAUCGACACAAAGUGCGCCGCAGGCGGAAGACGACGAGGAGACCGAGGAAAGUGGCCGCAGAGACUGGCAGCAGCUUACCGACUGGAUAUCGCCUAGUCUGCUGACCCGCAUUAUUGGCAACCCUGAAAUUGACGUGGAUGGUCACCCACGAUGGGAUUUGACGUCUGCCGGCACGGCUGAUCGUGAUGCGGAUCAUAUUCCCGGACUUGAUAAGCCCAAGGAGAAGUCAACUGAAGACCCAGAAACGCCAGAAAAUCGUGCCGAAGAAGAGAAAGAACUUGGGUUUCUCCCUGUCGACCUUAAGCAAACAUGGCGAGAAGGUGCCAUUGGUCGAGAGAGAACAGACGCUGCUCAAGAUCGGUCCUGGGCACUGGGUGAUUUGAUUCUUCGAAACUCGACUUCAGUAUCGGGUGAGAUAACAGUCGAUGAAAGAACCGGCGAGAUCCAGUUGCUCGGAGAAUUGCAAUUCACGUUCCUUAUGGUGAUUACCAUGAUGAAUUUCUCGUGCCUUCAGCAGUGGAAGAGACUGCUGGGGCUUAUAUUAACUUGUCGACAAGCAAUCAUCGACCGCGAAACCUUUAUGAGCGACGUUGUCCGGUUACUGCUGUGUCAGCUGCAGCGAUGUGAUGAUGUUGAGGGAGGCCUUUUUGAGAUUGAUGGGGACGAAGGUGGAAAGUUCUUGCUUGAACUGCUCAAGAAGCUCAAACGAUCUGUGGACCAGGUUGUUGAGAAAGGAACACAAUCAAAGGUUAAGACAGAGCUGGAGAGACUCGGGGCUUGGGUCAAAGAGGAGUAUGAUUGGGAACUCGCCCAUGAGGACAUCUUAAAACGGGGUACGAUACAAUUGGAAGAUGGCGAGGAAAUUGAGGUGGAAAUGGAGGACAAUGACGAAUACGAGGAAACAGGCGAAUAUGCUCCUAUAAUCGUUGAUCUGGACGAAAGCAGUGCUGUGUCUGAUGUCGUCUCUGACGAUGGGGAAAUGUCAGAUCUGGAUGACAUGAGAUACUGA